GUCAGAAAUCGGGCUGCAGAAUUCUUGGGCACAGAUUCAGGUCUGCGAUUUUUCCUAGCUCUCGAUGAAAGUGACUUGAACCCAACCAAUAAGUGAAGACAGAAAUUUAGAAUAAAUAUAUGAAUCAACAAAUAAAUAAUCCCACUUUAUGUUUGUGGGAAAUUGAAAAUCAGUUUCAUUUGAGCUCUGUUUCUCAUGUCCAGUCAGAAAAGCAUUGACCGUGUUAAUCUUUAACAGAUGCGUGCGAUCCAGUGAUGGCGCUAGCUUGUUCGUCUGUGUAGUUGGUGGUAGGUCGUGAUUUAGGAGGGACAAACUGAGCGAAAUCUGCUUCAAAUAAGGGUUGGAAUUAAUAUAAAUAAAUAAAAAUUAGACAACUGUAAGGGAGUGUGAAUUGUGGAGUCAUUGUAUUGACUUAAAUGGACAAGCUAAAGAAAGUUUUGAGUGGUCAAGAUGGGCAAGAUGACGACGUCAACAUACUACAGGCAGCGAACGAGGCCUCCAGGCUCGGAUGGGGUACACGUGUGAAGGGGUUCAUUGCAUGUUUUGCUAUUGGGGUGGUAUGUUCUGUAUUGGGAGUAUGCAUGCUGUGGCUUCCCAGAAUUGGACUAGUUUUGUUCGUUGUCUUUUACACCUUGGGCAAUUUUGCCUCGCUGACCAGCACAAUGUUCCUGAUGGGGCCUGUAAAACAGCUUAAGAAGAUGUGUGAGAAGACUCGGGCACUAGCUUCUGCCAUUAUGCUGACCUGCUUUGCUUUGACACUCUGUGCUGCCUUUUGGUGGAAGAACAAUGGACUUGCUCUGCUGUUUUGCAUUUUGCAGUUCUUGGCAUUUGCUUGGUAUGGCCUAUCCUACAUCCCUUUUGCAAGAGAUGCGGUGAUAAAGAUGUUCUCCGUGUGUCUGAAGUGAGGAGGUCUUCUAUGAGCUCACCGGGCCCAUCUCUUCACAGCUCAGUCCCUGCUUUUUGGGGUGCAGAGCACCCUCUUUUCUUUCUGGCACAGAGUCUCUGUACAGGUGGCACUCCAAUGGGCCCAUCUCCACCUUCCAACACCAAAAAUAAAAAGGCUUCAUUGUGCUCCCCCUGCCACGCAGUGCCAUCCUGUUAGGCUUCCAAAAUGUAAAUGCCUGUUUUAGGUUGAAAAUUUGGAGAUCCAAUCUUCUGUAACAAGACUGAACUUGUGCAUUCAGAUUUUUGUUUAUGUCACAGCUUCUGUUUGGAUUUGCAGUCGUGUCACCUCGUUCACCAACCCAACGGCGGAUGAGCUUGCGUUUGUGUAUGUGUAACGUGCUUAUUUACUCUCCUGGUCAGUGUUUUAUAUAAAGUGUCACUUGGAGGACUGUACAGCAAGGCCAUAGUUCACGUGUACAUGAUUGCAAAAUGUAGUGUAUAGUCAUUUCUGUUGAGUUAGUGUUAAGAGGUGGUAUACCAGUCUAUCCUCUUUCAAAUGCCUUGCUGUGAUAAACAUCCAGCUAAACCAGCUUAAUGUACGGUAGCUAAGGGAAUUUGGUAAAAUCAUUUUCAUGGUUUCAUUUUAGGUGAGAAAAAUUGCAUAGGUACAACUUCAAUGUAGAUACUUUUCCAUUAAUGUUAUAUGAGCCUUUAGAAAGCAAGGGUGAUUGCAAAUGGCCUUUUGAGGUUUAAACAAUGUAGAAAGGGAGCAAAAAUAAAUAUUUAAUAAUCACAAUUUUUUACAUAUCCAAAUUGUUACUAUAAAUAGUGUACACCCGCGGACAGCAACCAUGCCAUAGCCCAUUCAGUGAUGCGUAGAAUGCAGAAAGAAUUAAAUUACUACACCGCUUAUGUACACCCUGUGGUGUAAUUCUUUGGUUCCAGUGCACAAAAUUGUUUUGUAUUUAUCCUGCUAUACAGUUAUCACCAAGGGGAAACUCCACCCUAAUUAAAUGUUGUUGUAUUUUACUGACCCUUCCACUGUUGGAAGGUGUACAAAAAUAAUAUUCGUAGUUUUUGUUGUCUAGAUAGCAUACUUGCUCCAUCCUUUACUCUGCUGUAUGUUGCUACUUAAUUCAGAGUGUGUGCAGCUGCCCAAGUGAAGCAAAACGCAUCACUAUUUUUUUCCAGGAUAGGAGAUGGUUGUCAAAUUGCUGUCGUAAUUGCCACAUUUGUAUUGGCUGCAUUAGUGGUCAAAUCAAUUUACCAUCAAAAACUGAUUUUAAGAUGUCAUUCCCCUUUGAUUCAAAUAAGAUUUUUAAAAAAUGUUUAAUUUGGUAAUUGAUAUCAUGCUGGAAAUUCAUACAGGUUCACUACAUGGUGGCAACAUUGUGAGAAUGUGUUAACUGGGUAGUCACUGCCCUUAAACUGGAUUAAUGGCUAUUAUUCUGUUAAUAGGAAAUAUUCAUGCCUUUUAAAAGCUCCUGGCAAACAAUGUUUCUUGCAUAUUAAGGGUUUAGUUACAAGAUGAAGAUACUUAUGAAGGUAUACUUACAUUUCUCCCCCAGAUAUGUAAUUGGGGGGGGGGGGGGGGGGGGCAUUUCUAUUCUGUAAUGGAUAUUUAUUUCAAGUUUACUUGUAAUUGACAUUCCACUAAACAAAUGACCCCUGGUGGUUAAUAUAUAAAUCUUUAUGCACUUAAAAAAGACCAAAACCAUAUCCUUCUGUGCUGAGCAAUAUAAGAACUUUGUCAGGAUACAAAAAAAAAGAAAAAAUAAUUUGAAAUUUUGCAUCUGAAUAAAAUGAGCUUAAUGUCAGUAUUCAUGUUCUUUGCCUAUUUAUGGGUAACUAUUUUGGAUACUUAUUUUGAUUCCACAGGGGAUUUAAUGCAUAUUCUCUUCUUAAUCUGUGCCUCUGUACCACCUCACUGUGCACUGUGUCUCUCCUAAUACGCUGGCGCCUGUAAUCAGACCCUGCUGCUCAACUGCAGGCAGUGGCCCUUCUCUAGCUUAAUUAGUAUCAGUACCGAGACGCACUGCCAUAAUUGUGGGGUUAUGGUAAUUAAUACUGUAGCUUUCAUUAUGCUGUAUUCACGCUGGUCUUUGUGAAAUGUUUUAUCAGAGAGGAAUUAAUGAUGCGGUGUGUGCUGAGGGGAAAAAACAUUCAUUCCCACUAAGGUGUAUAUUUCCUUACAGUCUUCUUAUUGUCAUUAAGCUCCCUCAGUUUUGAUGUCUUCAGUCAACAACCCCUCAUGACAAUGACAUCAGAACAAAUGACCUUUGCAUUAGGAAUCUUUUUUUUUUCUUCCAAGUUUUAAAGUUCGGGUCCAGUUGAAUUUCUUUAUUUUUUGUGCAGUCAAACAAUAAAUAGGCACUUGUCCCCUUUGUCA